AUGCCAGGGAUAAGGCUGUGGGAUCUCUUUCGAGAGGCUCCCCCCACCCCCCCAAGUCUGUCAGUCUCCGUCAUGGGUCCCAUGGAACCUCGUCCUGGCCACUGGGGGGAGUUCAGCUGGACACCGGCCGCGCCCAAGCCCCGGGACCAGGUGGACAGCUCAGAUGGAGCACCAGGGGCCCCGGACAACGAUGGCCCCGAGACAGAAAGCCCAGCAGUGAGCACCAUGCUGCGGGCCGUGGCCACCAGCCGCCUGCCUGUGUGCAGCCAGCAGCAGGGCGAGCCUGACCUGACGGAGCGAGAGAAGGUGGCCAUCCUGGGCCAGCUGUACCGAGAGAAGCCGCUGGUGUUCCUGGAGCGCUUCCACACGGGCCUCCGGGAGGAGCACCUGACCUGCUUUAGCCACCUGCGUGGCGACCACCGCGCAGACUUCUACUGCGCCAAGGUGGCCCAUCAGGGCACCGCCCGGCCCCGGGCCCUGCGCAACCGACGCUACGCUGCUCUGCGCGAGCUCAUCCAAGGGGGUGAGUACUUCAGUGACGAGCAGAUGCGCUUCCGGGCCCCCCUGCUGUACGAGCAGUACAUCGGCCAGUACCUGACCCCCGAGGAGCUCAGCGCCCGAGGCCCCGCACCUCAGCCCCCUGGCACCCCGGCCUGCCCGCUCUCGGACCUGCUGCUGCAGUCCUACCAGGAGUGGGAGGUGCGGCAGCGGCUGCUCCAGCAGCAGGAGGAGGAGGAGGCCUGCCUGGAGGAGGAGGAGGAGGAUGAAGAGGACGGCAGUGGGGAAGGCGAGAGCCCCGAUGGAGACUCGGAGGCCCGGGUCCCCGAUUCGGAGGAGCGGCUGAUCCUGCGAGAGGAGUUCACCAGCCGGAUGCACCAGCAUUUCCUGGACGGCAAGGACGGAGACUUUGACUAUAGUGGACGACAACCCCGACUUCGACAACCUGGACAUCGUGGCGCGGGACGAGGAAGAGAGGUACUUCGACGAGGAAGAGCCGGAGGACGCGCCCAGCCCAGAGCCAGAUGGAGACUGAUACCUGAGCCCCCCCGCCCCCCCCCAACAAGACAGCUGAUGGCAGCCGGGCUCCAUGGCUCUUUGUCUAAGGGGUGCCAGGGCAGAUUCCCACACAUCAGCCCGCCAACUGCCCCUUCCUAGCCUGUCUCUAUCUCUCUCUCUCUGUCUCUCUCUCUCUCUCUCUGUCGCCGUCUGUCGUUUCUGGCUCCCUGCCUCGCACCGUGCCCGUCUCCUGCCUUCCACCUCACCGCCUUGGGCCCACUCUCCACUGCACGAGUCUCGAGUCUCUCCUGCUCCUUGACAGGCCAGUGGGGCUCUUGCUAGCUGGAUUGGCCAGGUUGGCGCCGAGACCAUCUCCGAGUGGGGUCUGACGCUCUUCCUGCCUGCAUGGACAGGGCCGUCUGUCUCUCAGGCUUUAUCGCUGUCUGUCUGCCGUCCCCCACACAGCUAGCAGCGGAGCCCUGGGUGCUGAGUGCGCGCCUCACACGGGGGGAGAGUGGGCGACAGGAGGGGCAACCCGGGAGAGGUGGGCAGAGGCAGAACCAGGGAUCCCAUCAGGGGCUGCCAGCUGGAGGGGGGACGAGAGAGUCCUCCCCUCCCAGCCCCCUGCCCCCCUCUUCCCAGCCACAAUUUUCCCUUCCUUCACUUCCUCCGCCUCCCUGGCCUGUUUACACUCCCCACAUAUGCACAGGCUGUUAUCAUGGGUCCUGAGUCAUCCCCACACAGGCCGGCCCAGCCUCCCUGCCCCCAGCCGGCCACAGGCCCGCCCGCCCCACGGAGCCCCCUGCCGCCCCGGGCUAAUGGGAGCCAGAUGGCCGCGGGGGGACUCAGCCAGCUUCUGGCCCGUGGGAACUCAGGCACCUCGCCUUCCCAUGCCCCCACCCCACCAGCUCGGCCCCAGUACACACACUACAUACAGAGACACCAGGGCCAGGAGGGUGGAGCCAGGAGACCAGGACCCCUCACUCCUGUUAGAACAGUGGACCACCGCCCGUCAACUUCCACCUCAGGCAUGCAGCCUGGAGUGGGACAGACCCAGGACCUCCUGGGACCUGGUCUCACCACCAUGGCGUCAGCUCUGCCCCCUGGGUGGCCCCAGGGAGGUCCCACCCACAAAAGUGAGCUGUUCAGAUGGGCCCAGCUGCCUGCCAGGGCCUGUGAGCCGGGUGGCAUGGGCUCCCCAUCACCGACGGCCCAGAAAGGAGGUGCUGCUCACUCAGGGCUGCACAGCCCCCGGGGGUGGCUGAGACCACCACCCCGCUCUAUAACCAGGCCCGCCCACCUGUGGAUAGUGGGCCGGCAGACAGGCAGCUGCUCAUGCUCCACCCUCACCCGAGGGCCCUGCACACCCUGGGUGGCAGUGUCAGUCAGCGGUCCUAACAGCCCUGGGCAGUAACAGCAGCACCACCCCACCUCCGGGAGUCCCGUCCGGUCAGCCACACGCCCAGUUCCUUGGGAAAGAGGCAUCCUUCAGGCUGGUGCCUGUGCCAGCUGUUGGUAAAACUACCGGGGCCUGGCUCUCUGCUGCCAGCAGGCACGUUGCUGAGCACCCUCCCAUGCUUUCGUUACACAGAAGGGCUUCCAAAAGUUCGUGGGAAAAAGGUCAUGGAAAGAGUGGGAUUUUAAUACAAUGCGUCCGAACUGUUGACUGUGAAACGGAUGGUCUGCUCUGUAAGCCUGGACCUGAUCCACAAUAAAACGUUU